AUGGCAACAAUAACAAUCACGGAAAAUUCCAAAGUAAAGAACAAGGAAAAGGAUUUGAAGGAAGCCACAACGUCGCACGACCUAGACCAAGUCCUAGACAAGGUCAAGAAAAUUGAUAACACAUGUUCGUUCAUAAAAUGCAAAAAUCGGACCAAUGACUUCGCCAUCGAGUGCAAGUACUGCAAAGGGAGGUUUUGCCCCACGCAUGGGCUCCCCGAAAUACACGGGUGUGGGGAUGCUGUGAGGAAAGACGAGAGGCAGAAGUACUUGCACCCAAAUGUGAAGUUGACGCAAGAGAAGCAUUCGCAAGCACAAACUAAACUCAAUAUGAAACUGAAGCAAAUGCAGCAGGAGAGGAAGGCAAAACAGGGGUCCACAAGUAAGGGGAAGAAGAAAUAAUUUUCUUUAUAAUGUAACUAAUCGUUUGUAAUUUAAUAAAAUAAAACAUCAAUUAACUUGAUAA